AGUUAAAAAAAUGGCGGACCCCCGCCUCCCGCCGUCCUCGGGCGUGGGGGCGGAGCCUAGAGGAGGCCUGGGGCAGGGCCACCAGUGAUUGGUGGAGAGCGGUGGUCAGGCCAUCACGUGGCCCGAGGCCGGUUUGUUUGCGGAAGUGGGAGGAAGUAGAAGUGCUGAGUAAGCCGAGACUGAGGGGGAAGGCGGUGGGGCCUCCCCACCUGCCCCACAGAAGAUGCAGUUCUUCGGCCGCCUGGUCAAUACCUUCAGUGGCGUCACCAACUUGUUCUCUAACCCAUUCCGGGUGAAGGAGGUGGCUGUGGCCGACUACACCUCAAGUGACCGAGUUCGGGAGGAAGGGCAGCUGAUUCUGUUCCAGAACACUCCUAACCGCACCUGGGACUGCGUCCUGGUCAACCCCAGGAGCCCACAGAGUGGAUUCCGGAGCUGGCUUUGGAGGCUCUCUGGACUGGGACUUCGCCGUAAAACUGCUUAUCAGGAACCUCAGAUGAGUGGAGUGCCCUGUGUCUCGGCCACGUACUCUGGGGCCAGCUCCUCCAUCCAUUCAAUCUGUCCGCAUCCCAUCCUCACCAAGCAGAGUGGAAAGCGGCAGGUCUCUGCCAGGAAAGGAGGCUCAGUCCCCAUCCUUCAGUGAGAUAAUGUUAGAGUGGGACCGUGUGUUCCCUACACAGCCUUGUCCC